ACCUUGGAGCCUGCGCAUUGUUGAAUGGUACAAGGUGGUGUAGAGUUAGUAUGGUGUCGGUCAUUAGAAAGAAUAUUUUUUGAAGUAACUGUGGUGUAAAAAAGGAGGCGGAACAUCGUACUGCUUUUGCGAAGUGAUUUGUGUGGCUGAGUUUAGGUAUGGAGAUGCCUUUAAUGGCUUAGCAAACAAAUCCUGGCAUGAAAGUUUCGUACACAUAGAUUACACAUAAUAAGGGUGGAGGCCGUGGCUGGGGCUGGUGGAGUUUACAUAUCUGAUGUUUUCCGUUUUACUGCCUCUUCCAUUCUUGCUCAAAAUGGAAGACAGCAGUUGAAGUAGCCGUGGGCUACACAUUACUCUCUCUGCUGCAGCACACCGGUUAUUCAGGUAAAAGUUGUAUAGCUGCUGUUGAUCACCAUGUCAGACUCAAAGCCAGAGCAAAGUUGCCCUGACGCAGACGAGCUGAUGCUGGCCGGGUAUACGAGAGUGGAGAGUAUGAGGUCCCACUUAGACACACGAAUGCAAACGAUAGACACCUCGCUUGCCACAACAUCUACAAAGCUGCAAGACAUAAAGGCAUGGCUCAUCAGGGAGAACAAGGAGCAGCGGAAGAAGGCAGCCCAGAUUAACAGGGAGCUGCAAAACUUGCAGGAAAAUUUCAUGUGGGCUGAUGAGUCACUGUCAACAGAUGACUCCAGACUGCAGAACGAGAUUACCCUGCUGACCAGAGAGAAGAAGGAGUUGCUGAAGAGGAUGGGCGUUUUCAUGAUCGUGAAAAAAGAGCUGCUGAAGAUGCUGGCCCUCCACAAGAAGACUAUGAAGAAGAGGACUUUGGUGAUGGAACUCAUGGAGUCAGCAGACAACCAUUGGUCGCGUGUACGUAAGUCCCUAUUACACCAUAGGCGUGAGAACUGCAAACAGAAUGAUGAAAACCUUGUCCCUGACACAGACACAGAUUGAGAGCUGGAAUGCAUGCAACAUAAAAGAAUCAUUACAUCAUACCAAAAAAUUAUUUCAAAAAUGCUAGAAAAAUGAGGAUGAAUCUUAGUGCCAGCUUUACAUAUACACUUGGUUCUAAUUUUGUAUUGCUUGCUUAUUGUGUAUGAUUGGCAUUUGAACUGUAAUUUCAUUUUUAUGUUUUAAUGGUGAAUAUGCUUUUUUGCUGCUAUGGAAAAUGAGAUAAUUUCCUGUAGAGAGUAAAAGUGCUGUAGUUGGUCAAAAAAAGUAUAUUAAAAAUAUGAUAGGAACACAAUA